UCACCGAUCCCUUUUUCUGUUUGUUUUGUCUUAUUAGUUGCACCUGUGUCUUAUUGUGUUUUCCUGAUGUGCUUCCUUAUUUAAGCCUAGUAAAACCCGCCCUUGUUUUGUGCGGGAUUAAUUUUGUGUUACGUGUUGUGUCGUUGGGUGUGUUAGUGCUCCUGACCGCGUACCCUGUGUUUUGGGUUGGUCAGUGUUUUCGCGCCCUGUGUUUUGGGCAUUGUAUUUCGGUGCCAGAUUAAAGUGCACUUUUCCCUUUGGAACUCUCUGCUCUAUGCCCUUGAUUCUUACCUCACACACACAGUCCCUCGUGACACUGUGGGACUGUUCACUGUGGACAAAAACUCUGGGAUUCUCUAUGUGACCAAGCCUUUGGACAGAGAGAGACAAGACCAUUAUGUGCUUUUGGCUCAUGCUGUUGCAGAUGGUACUGGUAUAUCAGAAGAACCAAUGGAGAUUAUUGUUCAAGUAAUUGAUAUGAAUGACAACAAGCCAGUUCUCACCCCAGAUGCCUUUAUAGGGAUCCCUACCAGGCUUUGAGGUCAUGGAGGUCACAGCCACCGAUGCAGAUGAGCCUGGCUCAGCCAAUUCUGAUGUCAGAUACACUAUUAUAAAUCAGGAACCUGAGCUGCCGAGUCGCAACAUGUUUGUCAUCAACCCUGUCACAGGAGGGAUUCGGGUCAAUGCUGCUGAACUGGACAGAGAGAAUAUUCCAAAAUAUACAUUGGAAAUCCAAGCUGCUGAUUUGGAGGGCAAUGGUCUGACAUGUUUUGGAAAAUCCAUAAUUACUGUAACAGACAGCAAUGACAUAGCUCCUCAAUUUGAGAAGUCUUUGAACACGGUGUCUGUCCCAGAGAACAAAGUGAAUGCCCUGGUGGUCAAAAUGCCAGUGAGUGAUGGAGAUGAGCCACACUCUUCCAACUGGGCCACCAAGUACAGGAUUGUAGAUGGAGACCCAGGUGGAAUGUUCACUGUAAACACUGGACCUAGUAGACUGGAAGGAAUCAUUACCACAGCCAAGCCCCUUGACUUUGAGAAGGACAAUCGCUACACCCUGUUGGUGACUGUGGAGAAUGAGGUCCCAUUUGCCACCCCCCUGCCCACCUCCACCUCCACAGUCCAGGUGAAUGUGGAGGAUAGGAAUGAUGCCCCUGUCUUUGACCCAGUGGAAAAGGUUGUUUCUAUAUCUGAACACCUGCAAGUGGACAGUGAUUUGGUUCUGUAUACAGCCAUUGAUCCAGACAUCAUGGCACAUAAACUCAGGUAUCGCAUGGACAGAGAUCCUGCUAAAUGGCUGGACAUCAACAGUGAGACCGGAAUGAUCAAAACCAAACACUCCCUGGACAGAGAGUCUCCCUUUGUCAAAGAUGGCAAAUACAGAGUUCUCAUUCUCGCCAUCGAAGAUGAAAUCCCUGCAACUGGAACUGGAACCAUUCUGAUAGAGCUGGAAGAUGUAAACGACAAUGCUCCGACUAUUGGUGACACCCCGUUGAAGCUCUGCAACCAAGACCCCCGUCUAGUGCGUUUGGCUGUGACAGACAGAGACGGGCCAGGAUUUGCUGAAGCCUUCAGUGUAGAACUUCUGGAAGGGUCCAAUAUGUAUUGCACUGCCCAAAUGGACGAAACAGGAACUGUGGUUGAAUUGACAUUCAAGGCCAUGAGGGAGCAGAGAAACUUCUACAUUAAUCUGAGGGUCACUGAUGCUGGCGGGCUGAAACAAGACCAUGUCAUUCACGUCACCAUGAAUGAGGACAGCUGCAUGACCUGGGGGGAUUUCUGUGUUAGAUCCUGACCUAUAUGACAUUUCCUUAGCAUUUUUAUAGCUUGCAGAGCUGGAUUGCUUGUUUUGGGAAGGUUGUCACUUUUUUUGACAGCAGGGGUAUGUCACAAAGCCAGAAAUUAGUAGGAAAAUUCACAGCUAAUUUGCCAGUAUUUUUUCCAUCAAAGUACUGAACGUUUUUCGGAAUUACAUAUGUCAACGCAUGUUAUUUUGUUCACAUUUUCAAUUUUUUUUGCUAGUUGUGUGUGCAUUUUUACAUUUCAAGGCAAAUAUGGGUUUGUAUACAUUUCCUCGGGAACUGCUGAUAUAUUUUACCAUUGUUGAGAAGGUUGCUUGUUUUUUAUUUCCAUGGAGAACAUGAUCAUUUGCAUGCUUGCAGAGAGCUUUAUGCAUGCUUCUAAUAUAAAUUGAAUAAAGCCUUUUUGGUUCAUUCUCA